CAUUGCUGGUCUCCGCGCCCGCCGGCCGGCGAGCAUCCUUGCCAUGGGCAAGGGCUCGGCGGAGCUCGAAGCCGCCGUGCUGCUGCACGGCGACCUGGACAUCCGCAUCGUGGAGGCCAAAUGCCUCCCCAACAUGGACAUCAUGUCGGAGCGGAUGCGCCGGUGCUUCAGUUCCUGCGGCGGCGGCGCGGGGGCGUGCAGCGGGGACCGCCCCAACGCCCCCCCCGACGGCCUCCGCCGGGGCAGCAGGUCGGCGAAGAAGAAGAUCAUCACCAGCGACCCCUACGUGUCCGUCUGCCUCGCCGGCGCCACGGUCGCGCAGACCCGCGUGAUCCCCAACUCGGAGAACCCCCGGUGGGAGGAGCACUUCCGCGUCGAGGUCGCGCACGCCGCCGCCCGCGUUGAGUUCCACGUCAAGGACAACGACGUCUUCGGCGCGCAGCUCAUCGGCGUCGCCUCCGUGCCCGUCCACAAGAUCGCCGCCGGUGCGCUCAUCAGCGGCUGGUUCCCCAUCGAGGGGCACUGCAGCAACUCUCCGAGACCGGCGCCUGAGCUGCAGUUCUCAAUCCGAUACGAGCCGAUUGAGGACAACCCGUUGUACAAGGAUGGGGUGGGCGCCGGCCCUCGGUACUCCGGCGUGCCCAACGCCUACUUCCCUCUCCGGCGAGGUGGCCGUGUUACUCUCUAUCAGGAUGCCCAUGUGGCCGAUGGUAAUCUGCCCAAGAUUGAGAUAGAUGGUGGCAGGAUCUACGAGCAUGGCAAGUGUUGGGAGGACAUUUGCCACGCCAUUAUCCAAGCUCACCAUCUGGUUUAUAUGGUCGGCUGGUCCAUUUACCACCCUGUCAAGCUUGUGAGGGAGCCUACCAAGCCAUUGCCCGGUGGAACGCCGGCAACGCUCGGGGACCUCCUCAAGGGGAAGGUUCGUGAGGGAGUCCGCGUUGUAGUGUUGCUUUGGGAUGACAAGACGUCGCACGACAAAUUCCUUUUCAAAACGGAUGGUGUCAUGCAUACACAUGACGAGGAAACUAGAAAAUUUUUCAGUCAUUCAGGAGUACACUGUAUAUUGGUUCCUCGUUAUGCCAGCACAAAACUUAGCAUUUUCAAGCAGCAGGUUGUUGGGACUUUAUUUACACAUCAUCAGAAAUGUGUGAUUGUCGAUUCACAAGCAGCUGGAAAUAAUCGCAAAAUAACUGCUUUCAUUGGUGGUCUUGACUUGUGUGAUGGCAGAUAUGAUACACCUGAACAUAGGCUUUUCAAAGACCUUGAUACCAUUUUCAAGAAGGACUUUCAUAAUCCAACGUUUCCAGUUAAUUCCUAUGGACCAAGACAACCAUGGCAUGAUUUACAUUGCAAAGUUGAGGGUCCUGCAGCCUAUGACAUACUGACAAACUUUGAACAGCGAUGGAGAAAAGCUACAAAAUGGAAAGUUAACCUUAAGAAAGUUGCCAGUUGGCAUUAUGACACAUUGAUAAAACUAAACCGGAUGUCAUGGAUUGUUUCACCAGCUACAGGUGAAGCGAACGCGCAUGUUUGUGACGAACAGGACCCAGAAAACUGGCAUGUACAGGUUUUCAGGUCAAUUGAUUCAGGAUCCAUAAAGGGAUUUCCUAAGCUUGUUCAGGAGGCAGAAUCACAGAAUCUUGUUUGUGCAAAGAAUUUAAAGAUUGACAGGAGCAUACAUAGUGCUUAUGUGAAAGCCAUCAGAUCUGCACAGCGGUUUAUAUACAUUGAGAACCAGUAUUUCAUCGGGUCUUCAUUCUGCUGGCCUUCAUGUAAAAAUGCAGGUGCGGAUAAUUUAAUACCCAUCGAGCUGGCCUUGAAGAUCGCAAGCAAGAUCAAGGCAAAGGAGCGAUUUGCAGUGUACAUUGUCAUACCAAUGUGGCCUGAAGGGAUCCCAACCACGGCUGCCAUGCAGCAAAUCCUCUUUUGGCAGGGGCAAACCAUGUCUAUGAUGUACAAGAUUGUCGCGGAUACUCUUCAGAGCCAGGAUCUCUUUGAUGCCCAUCCGCAAGACUACCUGAAUUUCUACUGCCUCGGCAAACGUGAGCUUGCCGACGGUGACAUCUUGUCUCCGAAGACCUUAUGCAACGACACCUCUCCUCUGCACAUGGCUCAGAAGUUCCGGAGGUUCAUGAUCUACGUGCACUCCAAAGGGAUGGUCGUCGACGACGAGUACGUCAUCAUCGGAUCAGCCAACAUAAACCAGAGGUCCAUGGAAGGCUCCAGGGACACCGAGAUCGCAAUGGGCGCGUACCAGCCGCACUACAAGUGGGCUGGAAACACAUGCCCUCCUCGCGGGCAGGUGUACGGGUAUAGGAUGUCGCUGUGGGCGGAGCACCUGGGCACGGUGGAGGAGUGCUUCCGGCGGCCGGAGACGGAGGAGUGCGUGCGGCGGGUGAAGGAGAUGGCGGAGGAGAACUGGCACAAGUACGUGUCGCCGGACGUGGAGGAGGAGACGAGGGGUGGUGGCCACCUGCUGAGGUACCCUGUCCAGGUAGGGAAGGACGGGCAGGUGGGGCCGGUGCCGGGGAACGAGUUCUUCCCGGACGUCGGCGGCAAGGUCCUCGGCGCGCAGUCGUCGUCGCUGCCCAAUGCCCUCACCACGUGCGUAGGCUCGUCUCUUCUUGGUUGUGUUGGUGGCGUGUGUUGUAGCUCUGGUUUCUUGGUGCCAAAUGUUGUGGGUAACAUUUGGAAGAAAAGAAAUCGCCAGAUUUUUUACAACAAAUCAAUGCGACCGGAUCAGGUUUUCUAACUAUUCAGAACGAUGUAAUGUUUUGAAGAAGGGCGUGCGGUACC